UGGUUUGUGAUGCUGUUUUAGUUAACAGGCUAAGGCAGGUGCAAUCCCAGUUUGUUGAGAGAGUGAGUGAUGCUGUGAUGGAGGGGCUGCUGAAGGACAUGCUGGAGAUGAAGGUGCUGAGUGAUGAGGAUAUGGAGGAAGUGAGGGAUGCUCCCCAGAAUACCGGGCUCGGGUCCUGGUUGGUGGAGCAGAUCAACAGUGGGUGGUACCCUGGUCUGAGCUGGACCAAUGAGGCACUAAAACAGUUUCGAAUCCCAUGGAAACAUGACGACCGGAAGGACUUGACACCUGAGGACACAAUGAUAUUCAAGGACUGGGCGGUGGUGACAGGUCGUUACAGGGAUGGUAUUGACCAGCCCGACCCUGCUGCCUGGAGGAGGCAUUUCCAGCGCGCUCUGGAUAAAGACGAGAGCCUGGUGUUGCGGGCUGAUCACAGUCGAGAUCCAGUCGACCCACACAAGAUAUACUGGAUCUUAGCAGUAACAGUUCAGGGUCAGGCUAAGGCAUCCCACAGGAGGAGGAAGGUGGGGCAAUCAAAGAGAAGAAGCUACUCCCAGGAAAUGAGCCCCGAGUGUAAGAAGAAGAAAGGUAAUUGUGAUCCUAUGUCUGAAAAAAGCCAAGGCGAUCAUUCGAUGUGUGAAGCUGCUGAAAAUGAGGUCUCAGAAUUAAGAACAUUUCGGCCUAUAGUACACCAUGAGGGACGCCAUAAAUACUACAGGUUUUCGUUCAAGAAAGGAGGAGAAUACCAGUGUGAGAUCACAGCUCUCAUUUUUGACAUGGCAGCUCCAGCUGAAGUUGUGUAUGGGACUGAGCAAUGGGAGAAGUGUCCCCUAGACCAGAGCUCCCUGCUUCCUGCCGGCCCUCUGUAUGAUAUAAACAGCCCAAGCGGAGCAUUGGAGCACCUUUCCUUCCCACAUUCGGAGUGCUCCCCUGAAGUUCAGAAUCACUUGAUGGUGGCACACUACAAAAAUGGCAAUGUUGAGUUGAUUAAACCAACUGAAGUGACAGAAACUCACGUCAAAAUAAAAGUCAAUGAAACGUCUCUCUUUGGUCUCGUGAGAAGACUGCUGAAGAACUGGCUGGACUAUAAAAGUAAAGCUCAGGUGCUUCUGUUUCUCAGGCAGCUGGCAAAGAAAAAGAAGCUGAAUGUUUUCUUGCUCUCCUCAAACGUUGUUUUGGAUGACGUGCAAGAGAAGCAAAGAGACAGUAUUUUCAUUGAGACAAGUUCACACUGUGUUGUGUUGGAAGAGGAAAAGUACAGCGUUUCAUGUGACCAGGAAAAUGCUCAUGUACAACCAGCCACGUAUGAUUUUGUAAGAGACUAUGGUCCCAACUUCCCCCCAACAUUUGAAAUCUUUUUGAACAGUGACGUGGAAGAGCUAACUCUUGAAGUUUUUGAAAGCACCAGAAGAGAUGCUUCAGUAUGGACUCGCAGAGUAUUGCUUGAUGGUGCCCAUUCACCUGUCGGCCCCCCUCGCCCCGCUCCACCUGAAAUAGAAAAUAAUACUCUGGUUAACGAAUGUGGUUGGAAGCAAGCCUUGUUCGAUAUAAUAGAAGAAUUAACAGAAGGGGAAUAUAAGAAGAUGAAAAUGCUGCUCAACAAAGAGAUCCCUUUGGGUAAACUGGAGGAGACUGACCGGGAGAGCAUGGCCCACCUGAUCAUCUCUCAGUGCGGACUGCAAAAAUCUAUACAAGUUACUCAGGAGUUAAUGAGACAAAUACCCAGAAACGAUGAGAGGAUUCAGAGUCUGCUGAAGCCCUUCCUGGAGCAGACAGGAUAGCAGACCAGCCAGCUCUCUAUACCUCUGACAGAGAUCUGAGAAUUGCAGGUGUAAACUGUAACAAACUGCUUAUAAAAGAGGAGCAAUAAUGUCAUUGUUUAAAAGACAUUUCAGACAAUGACAAAAACAGCUAUUUCUUGCCAGGACCCUCUUGGAAUUGAGAUGUGUGCGUCUCAAGGAUUCUAUCCUGGUUAAAUAAAUGCAUUUGAAAUUUAAACUUAUACCUCUAGCAGAGAUCUGAAAGUAUCUUGCUUUCUCUCUCUCUCUCUCUCUCUCUCUCUCUGAUAACAAGAAAAGCGAUUUAAGUCUUCCUUGUUAGGAACAUGUUUUAAUAACACUGGGAUUUUGUGCGCUGUUUUUUCAACUAAUAAGCUUGCUAGUUGUUCUGCCAUUAACAUAUAACAAUACUAUGGUGUACAGAUACGGCUCAGUAAAAGAAUCAGCUUCACGCCUCGCCCAGUGCCGCUCCCGCUGAGCCGCUCCUGAGCAUUUCUCAUCAGUGAUCAGAGGGAGCGGACGGAAUGGACACAAGUGGAGAUCACAGGCAGGAUUGACAAAUACGUUUGUCAACAACGAUGAACUGGUUUCGACUUAUGAAGUUAUGUAUUAAUUGGCUAAAUAAGAUGGUAAAAAUUGUUGUUUUCGAAUUUGUAUCAUUUAAUUUCUUUUUUUUAACGUAGAGCUGUUUUAUAGUUAUUAAUGUAUUAUUAUUUUUAGGCUCGUAGUAUUAAUAUUAUUCAUUAUUAACGUCGGUAUUGCCGGUAUUAAACACAGCCAGAUAUGAGGUUCAGUCCAAACAGAGCGCCGGACUCAGCGAGGUCCAGCAGGGGGCAGUAACUUCACACGGGGCCAUUUCAUCAACCAUCACCUCAGAAACACAAGCAAGCAAAUCCUUAUUAUUAUUCACCGUUUUUAAAAGUCGCUCUGCGAUCUCUCUUGGAGCACAGCGUUAAAUCAUUUAAAUCUGCUCAGAGCUUUCUGAGCGGCUCACUUACUAAACGCGCACACUGUUUUGGGGGGGUGGCAGCUU